AUGGCUCUGAGUGCUUCGUGGACUUCUUUUCUCAAGUCGAUCGCUUCCUUUAAUGGUGAUUUGUCCUCCUUGACUGCUCCACCAUUCAUCUUAUCACCAACGUCUUUGGUAGAGUAUACGCAAUAUUGGGGAGAGCACCCGGACCUUUUGGUAGAGCCUAGUUUCAUCCGUGGUGAUGGCUCUAAAGAAGAAAUUGAGUCCGUUUCGGCAAAGAGAAUGCUUGCCGUCACUAAAUGGUUUAUUUCCACAUUAAGAUCUCAGUACUGUUCGAGAAACGAAAGUAUGGGAUCGGAGAAGAAACCAUUGAAUCCGUUUCUAGGUGAGGUUUUCGUGGGCAAAUGGAAGGACACUUCUCUGGACGAAAGAUUGGGUGAGACUGUUCUUGUGAGUGAACAAGUAAGCCACCACCCUCCCGUCACCGCUUACGCUAUUCUCAAUGAGAAGAACAACUUGUUGUUACAAGGUUACUUUGGAAUUAGAGCAACUAUUAGCACCACUUCCAUCAACGUGAAGCAAUAUGGUCAUACGCUUUUGGAGUUUGGAGAUCUCAACGAAACAUAUCUCAUUACACUUCCACCUUUGCACAUUGAAGGUCUCAUCACUGCGUCGCCAUUUGUUGAAUUAGAAGGAACCUCUUACAUUCAAAGUUCUUCCGGAUACAUUUCCGUGAUUGAGUAUUCUGGCAGGGGCUACUUUACUGGCAAGAAGAACACAUUCAAGGCGAGAGUGUACAGAGAUAAGUUGUCAAGCAGUAAGAAGGAGAAUGCGUUGUUCACAAUCAGUGGGCAAUGGUCAGACAAGUCGUAUGUUGCUAAAGGACCCACUACCCCAACAAGCAAGGAUGAACUCUUUUAUGACGCCAACGCUAAAAACCCCGAGCAUUUGGUGGUGAAACCCAUAGAGGAGCAACACGAAUUGGAGUCAAGAAGAGCUUGGUCCAAGGUUGCAGAUGCCAUCAAAGAAGGAGACUACGACACGAUCCACAAAGAAAAGUCUCUCAUUGAAAAUGCCCAAAGGCAGUUGAGAAAAGAAGAGGCUGCGGCAGACACCAAGUGGGAUGUGCGUUGGUUUGACCAGGUCGACUUGUUAACUAAGAAAGACGAUCCUAUGGUUCCAUUAGCCAAUAUCGCUGGAUUGUCUGUGGAGAAUGUUCCAUCUGGAUCUACUGUAGGAUCCAAAUAUGAAAAGGGAGAAGCGCUUCAUUGGAGAGUUAACAUUGACAAGUGGCAUGCCGAGGAUAAGAUUACUGUCUGA